UCACGAUCCCCAUCUCGGCCAUCACCAGUCUACUAUCAAGAUACGCCCCUUUAAUGUCAAACAGAGUCACGGAAUUCACCGAGAGCAAGAAAAGAGCACCUUUACUACAAAGCUAGAAACGAGAUCCUCUCCUACAGUUCAGUCAAGGACAAGCUGAAUCGUCGUAACGCUUGCAUAGCCAAGGAGGCACCGUUGCUCUGAUACGACACUAUGCAGACAUUAGCCGCUACUGAGGGCAGUUUUAGCUUGCUUACGGAAAUACGUCAGAUGAGGGAACAGUUGGCAGAAAUCAAUACUAAGACAGAGGAAAUGAAAGCCAAGAUGGAAGAAAUGAACGCUCAGACGGAAGAACUCGGUCAGAGCUUUCUCAAUAACCGUCAAAGGACUUUUACUACAUGGGUACGAGAUGCGCUUGACAAAGGCACUACACGCCGGCUUGAGGACAUCCAAAGGCCGACUGAGGAUUUUAUCUACAAUGGUGAUAUACGCUGCGAUGCGAGGCUAGUCACUCAGCGCUAUGAGAAGAAUGGCACUGCAUGGCGAAGAUUCAGUACGCUCUAUGGCCUUAACCCGAACGAUUUCAAGAAUCUCGACCGCAAUAAAUGCUGUGGAUCUCUACAGGCCUUAGAUAGAGCAGCUGAUGUCCUGUUUAAGCACGCUUGGACAAGACUCCCGACUAAGGCGAUGGAGAAGGAACGCGAGGAUCUUGUCGCUAUGCUACUGGAGGAGGAAUAUGAAGAGGCUGAGAACAUGAGCAGUGCUUUAUUCUGCGAGGAAUAUCUGUCUGAGGCCGAGGUGUCAUCCAAUACUGCCGAAAUGCUAGAUAUUGACGAUGGCUCUGGUAAAAAGGACACUUGAGUUAGCUUCAAGAGUAGGCGUUUCGGCGCCGAAUUUGCCGUUACCUAGCUUUGUA